UUCGUGCUGGCUGGCAGCUAGAGAUAGUGGUGUGACGAACGGGUCCCGGUAAAGGUCACCUUCAGAGUGUAAAGCACAUUAGUGAUCGCAGUAGGCAGACACUUUGGUUGGUUGCAGUCCUCGACAUAGAAGCUGCUGCUCUUGUCAUCAACGGUGCUUUAUCCGGCGCUCUCUCUCUGGUAUUUUAAUUUUUUGUUAAUUUUGAGAAGCAAUUGAUUAUCUAUCAUCAAUCAUGGAUGAGGAGCCAGUAGCACAUAGGUUUAUUAAACCUGGCAGCCACAGGGGUAAAGGUUUGGCUGUUUUUACCAGUGGUGGUGACUCUCAAGGUAUGAAUGCUGCUGUACGUGCUGUGGUUCGUAUGGGUAUCUACCUUGGCUGCAAAGUCUUCUUCAUCAGGGAAGGCUAUCAGGGAAUGGUCGAUGGUGGAGACAACAUUGUUGAAGCCAAUUGGUCGUCUGUAUCUUGCAUCAUUCAUCGUGGUGGCACGGUCAUCGGCUCGGCUCGCAGUCAAGACUUUAGAGAACGCGAAGGCAGGAAGAAGGCAGCCAAGAAUCUAGUUGUCCGUGGUAUAUCCAAUUUGUGCGUAAUCGGCGGUGACGGGUCGUUAACUGGUGCCAAUCUCUUCAAAGAAGAAUGGUCCGAUCUGCUCAAGGAAUUACAAAAAGAAGGUCAAAUCUCACCGGAACAAGCGGAAAAGUAUGCUCAUCUGCAUAUCGUUGGUAUGGUUGGUUCAAUCGACAAUGACUUCUGUGGUACGGACAUGACCAUCGGUACCGACACCGCUUUGCAUCGGAUAAUUGAAAGCAUUGACGCUAUCGCUAGCACUGCCUACUCACAUCAGCGCACCUUCAUUAUGGAAGUUAUGGGCCGUCAUUGCGGGUACUUGGCAAUUGUGGGUGCCUUAGCUUCGGAAGCGGACUACGUGUUUUUCCCGGAAUGUCCACCGCCGAUCGACUGGCCUGUGAAACUUUGCAAAAAGUUGGAGCAGGAGCGUCUCACUGGCCAACGUCUAAACAUUAUCAUCGUGGCAGAAGGUGCCGUCGAUAGAAAUGGCGAUCCCAUCACCGCUGAAAAAGUUCGUCAGGUCGUCGUCGAGAAGCUUCAGCAGGACACGAGGAUCACUGUGUUGGGUCACGUUCAGCGUGGUGGUAACCCAUCUGCCUUCGAUCGUGUUCUUGGCUGUCGUAUGGGUGCUGAAGCUGUGAUGGCACUCGUAGAAGCAACACCCGCUACUGAAGCUUGUGUUGUAACUCUGGAUGGUAAUCAAGCUGUGAGAUUACCGCUCAUGGAGUGUGUCAAACGUACUAAAGCUGUCGCCCAAGCGAUGGCAGAGAAAAACUGGGAUCUUGCUGUACAGCUUCGUGGAAAAGGUUUUGUCCGAAAUUUGGAGACCUACAAGAUGUUGACCCGUUUGAAGGCUCCCGUUGACAUCGAUCAGAGCAAGGCGGGCGGUCAUCCACAGUUGACCAAGCAAUACACAAUGUGUGGACAAGAUCAUUAUACACUUGCGGUUAUGCACGUUGGUUCGCCGUCAUGCGGUAUGAACGCUGCAGUACGUUCCUUCGUCAGGAACUGUAUUUACCGGGGAGACAAGGUAUAUGGUGUGCUAGACGGUGUGCUAGGUCUUGCAUCAGGCAAAUUGAAGCUCAUGGAUUGGCCUUCUGUGACUGGUUGGGUAGCUCAAGGUGGUGCUUAUUUGGGUACUAAGCGUGCUCCGCCAAAGGAUGAACAACUGCCUGCAAUUGCGCAAAAACUUAAGGAGUUUGGUAUUCAGGCUCUUCUUAUCAUUGGUGGUUUCGAAGGAUUCCAAACAGGUCUUAGCUUCUACAAUGCUAGAGAUAAGUUCCCCGAAUUUCGUAUUCCCAUUGCGAUGAUUCCUGCCACGAUCAGUAACAACGUUCCAGGAACUGAAUUCUCUUUAGGUUGUGAUACUGCUCUCAAUGAAAUUACGGAGAUUUGCGACCGUAUCAGACAGUCAGCUCAAGGAACGAAACGUCGUGUCUUCAUUAUCGAGACGAUGGGUGGUUACUGUGGUUACCUUGCUACAUUGGCAGGUUUAGCAGGUGGUGCCGAUGCAGCUUAUAUUUUCGAGGAAAAAUUCAACAUCAAAGAUCUCAAUCAGGAUAUUAUUGCUAUGGCGGCCAAGAUGUCUGAAGGCGUUCAACGUGGUCUCAUUCUACGCAAUGAGAGUUCUAAUCAGAACUACAAUGCCGAGUUCAUGCACAGACUGUUCAGCGAGGAAGGCAAAGGAUUAUUCAGUUGCAGGAUGAAUAUUAUCGGCCAUAUGCAACAGGGCGGUUCGCCUACACCUUUCGAUCGUAACUUAGGUACAAAAAUGGGUGCAAAAGCAGUAGAAUGGUUCACAAAUCAGCUGAAGAAAGAUGCUCUGCCCGAUGGGACAUCAGUAUCUACCACUCCCGAGAGUGCUGUCAUGCUGGGUAUCGUCAGGCGUCAAUACAGAUACACCCCCUUCAUCAAACUCAUCGAUGUCACUGACUUCGAGCAUAGAAUACCAACAUAUCAAUGGUGGAUGAAGCUACGCCCACUCCUAAAGGUGUUAGCGAAACACGAAUCGACUUACGAGGAGGAAGGCUUGUACAUCACGGUAGAAGAAAUGGACAAAGACAACGAUGCGCCUCUCGUCUAAGUUUUAAAUGACUUCCUAGCCAGUAUUCCGUUAAAACUUUCUAUGUACUAUCUAUUUGUCGUUUACGUUGCUCGUUCGUUUUCUUCAUUUUCCUUUUCAGAGGAAAAAAUUAAAGUUUAACAAUUUAUUGUUAGUAAAGAGCUGUUCACUUCGUGAAAUAUAAAUUAUAAUCUCUGGAAUAAAAUGUUCAUCGCGUUGCACUGCUUUACAGUGAGAAACAUUAAUUUUUAGACAAGCGCGCUAUGUUGUUACAUUUAAUACGUAUAAUUACGUAAAUGUAUAUUUUCACAAGCGUGACCUUAGCAAAAAUGAUAUAUACUAUAUAUUUUUAUUAACCAAACUAGUUCAAUUGCACGAUCAAAGUGCCGUGGAUCCUUUCCAUGAGUAUUAUUAUACAGAACAAAAACGAAAAAUUAAACAGUCGUUUAAGAAAUACAUUUAUUUUUAGAUGAACAAAAACUAAACUACUCAAACUGUGUUCUCCGUUUUAUUUUCCAUUGCCAUUUAACAAAAAUUUAACCUAUCAUCGUUUGGUUAGUGUAAUAGUUACUAUAGUAUCACGUUUCAGAAGCGAUGAAAAGAUAAUAUACUGGUCUACCUCAACAAGUCGGUUAAUUGAAAAUAAUUGCAAAGCCAUCGCAGGCGUAUGGCUGAGCCUAACUGUUGUUCUUUGUUGUGACAAAAUUAAAAUAUUAAAAAACGGGAUCUGUAUGAUCACUGUAUCAAUUUUAAUGUUUUUUAGCGUUUGCGCCGGCCAGAUUUUCAAUGAUGAAUUUCAUAAGAGUGGCAAUGGGAUAUACGUCGAUGUACAUUGUUUAGAAAUCAAAGCGUUUUACAGUAUGCAUGCUCGUGCGCGCGUGCGCACGUGUAUGUGUGUGUGUGUGUGUGUAUGUGGGUGGGUUUGUGUGUAUGACCAUCUGCAAAUUUUCUCUGUAAUGGUCAGUCAAUGAAAAUCAAUUAUCUUCUUUGCAUAACAAAGUUUUGCACAGCUAAUGAGAUAAAGAUAUAUAAAUAUAUUUUUUGCAAACCUCACCAAAAACCUACCAAAUGGAUAUACAUCAGACAACGCUCACCUCAAAUAAAGUUUUAAGUAAUUGUUAAUGUAACUAAUUUUAAGCGGCGAAUAUCGGCGCGAGCCGCUGAUAAUACAUGGAUAUUUACACUGACAUGUUCUUAAACAUGUACGUGCAAGUACUCUAGCGCCACGGCAAAUGUAAACGGAUGUAGAGCAUUUAGCAAAAUUGAAUAAAAAUGUAAAAGACCACUCGCACACAAUAUAUUUUUAAAUUAAGUUUCCCCACGCGAUGUAAAGCAACUGAUGUGAAAAGGGGCUUGGCUUGCGUUAUAAUCAUGUAUUAGAAGUUAUUUUAAAUUGAUAAAGCAUGUUAGUUGUGUGUCGUGCUAAUAAAUUAUGACUUAUGUGAAAUGUUGGCUCAUCAAAAUCUACUUCUCGUUUGCGUUAAAUGCGUCGAAAAUCAACUCACCAGUAAAUGUCCGAUACAAACAGAAACAAAAGAAGCAAAGUGUGCAAACUGCAAUUGCAAUCACGUAGCAAAUCAUAAAGGAUGCAGUGUGAGAAAACCACCAAAGCUAUUUCCAUCAUUAAGAUCAAAACAGUUACCACGAAAAAUUCAAAUUAACGAAAACGUUAAGCCACACUUUAUGUAUACGCAUGCCGUAAACAGUAAUGUUUUCAAAACAUAAGAGAAAUCUAAACAAACAUAGAUUCAAGCAUCACCGAUAAAUAACAGUCAAUUG